CUCUCUAGAGCUGGAACUCUUUUGUGCACAGUACAUUUUGAUAAAGAUAUAUGGAUUUAGUUUGAGGUUGUAUAUCAUAGACAAUUAUGUCAGCACAGUGGAAGGCUGACCCGGAGCUAACGGACAUGGAUGAAGAGGAGCUAUGGGAAAUGAUUGAGAAGCACAGGUGUAAAAUUGUACAGAAACUGUCACCAGAACGUCUCACACCAUACCUGCGACAAACCAAAGUGUUGGAUGCCAUGGAUGAAGAGGAGGUCCUGCACUGUGCCAAGUUUUCAACCAGGGUUAUGAGGCUGGGGCACCUUUUGGAUAUACUUCGAACAAGAGGGAAGAACGGAGCCAUUGCUUUCCUGGAUAGCUUGAUAUUGGCAAAUAAAGGAAUGUAUACCCUUAUCACAGGAAAGGAACCAUCCAUGGAUCCCAACAGCUUCAGCAAACUUAUAGACAGCAGUCAGCUGAGUGUACUUCUGAUGAAAGCGCUGAGCAUUAAGCAAGAUGAGUUGAAUCAGGAGAAACAGCUAAAAAGAACAUUAGCGCACCACCUGCGCAAAAUGCAUGAGAAGCAGCAGCAACUGGAAGAAGAAGGAGAAUGUGUUCGCAGCAUGGAAUAUGAAAAUCAAAAACUUCGCAGAGAGUUGGAUGCUCAGAGUCAAAUGCUGAGCAAACUAAAAGAUGAACAAUAUGAACUCUCUAUGCGAUACUCUCAUGCCCUGCAGGAAAAGGACACAAUACAAAGCAGGAACAGUGGUUUGCAAGAGCAGUUAUAUGCUGUUAAAGAAGACCUUCAUAGAGUUAAAAUGGAACUGCAAGUGACUCAGAGUUGGACUAAUCAAGGCCAGUGUGAAGAAGAGCUGCUAGCCCUUAAGAAGGAGAACAGAAAUCUGAAAGAAAGAAUGAUGGAGGAGGUGCUGGGAUCGCUGGAUAUAAAGCAGUGCUCAGAUGGGGUUUUGCCAAGUUCUGAAGAGUUAUUAGCUCAGCUUAGUGCUGCCAAAAAGAAGAUAGAAGCUGGAGAGGCAUUUGAAAUUAUGUGGCAGAAGGAAAAGGAGACCAUGCUUCAGGAGAGUCGUCACUUGCAGUCUAACUAUGAUAUCUUGAAAAAAAAGACAGAAGCAUUUCAUAAUCAAGUGUCCGACCUGCAAAAAGAGCGUGACCAGGCAUACAGAGCUCGUGACAUGGUUCAAGGUGAGAUUUCCCUUUUCCUGGCAGAGAAGGAUUUACUGAGAAAGCAGGUCAUGGAUCUUACUGAAUGUAACUCAGAAAUCAAGCAACAGAUACAAAGUUUGGAAGCAGAACUGCGGUCCCAAAUGAUGGGAAAAGAGCACACGCAAUUUAGACACCAAAGGCUAGUGCGGAUGGACGCUAUUUGUCCCUCAGAAGAUGGAGACAAAGGAUCUUCUUCCAGCAUUUCUGAGUCCUGGCAGGAAUUAAGCUGUCAAGCCAGCAGUGAUCUUGGUGAAAGUAUGUCUUGCUACUCUUUCCAUGAUGAUUAUCUACAUGGCCUUUCUAAGAGUUGUUCUCAGGAACUUCCUGCUAUUCUCCAAGAUGAGAGAGCAGAAACAGACUUUGAAUAUGAAGCAGAGUAUAAGAAAGGUCUGCAGAUGUUUUCACACAUGGAAAUUAGUGACAGAACGAGUGAGUACUCAAGUCUGACAAUCCCUGUGAGGAGACGUGAUGCUCGCAAGAUGACAAGUCGGGCUACAAUAAUUGCAUUUCAGGGAGAUGACCUACUAAAACAAAUAAGUAUAAUUGGAGGUAACAAAACAGGAAUCUUUAUCCAUCACGUGACCCCAGGGUCAGCAGCCGAUGAAAUGUCCCUUAUGCCUGGAUACCAGAUUAUGGCAGUAGAUUUUGAUGUUAUAAAUCCUGCCUACAAGGUGAACCUAGGAGGAAUGACAUUUGAGGAUGCUCACUACACCCUUAAUAGAGUUAAUGGCUUCUGCUGUCUAUCAGUGCGAUGCAACAUGGAAGAUUAUCGAAAGUUGUUGAAUGACAUACAAAGUGGCCUGGUCACCUCAGGGGACUCCUUCUAUGUUCGUUUGAACCAGUCAAUUUCUUCACGUGUUGAAGGCGGCCUAAAGGUAUCAUGUGGUGAGAUCUUACACAUCACAGAUACAAUGUACAAUCACCGAUGCCAAUGGUUUGCUCACAGGAUCAAUGGAUACACUAUGAAAGAUGGAGACUCAGGAAUCAUUCUCAAUUACAGACAAGCCCAGCAACAGUUAAUAACAUCCAUACAGAGCAUGACAUGGCAAAAUACAAUCCCUCGAAGGCCAAGAAAGGAAGUUCGCAUAGUCAGCACAGACCGAUGUAGCUCUCAUUUGCUCUGGACUUCUCAAGACUGUGGCAUUUGCUGUUGUGAAGAUCCCACCGCCAACUACCCAACGAGCAGAGGAUGCUUGACACUGAUGCCUUACACGCUGGUCACUAACCAUAAGAUUACAGCCCUACGUCCAGUUCUCCUAGUCCCUUCUUUGCUACGAAGAAUCCUGAGUGAGAAACUAUGUGCAAGUAAAGACUACAUGAAGUGUGACACAGAAUGUUUGACAGAUGCUGAAUAUGCAGCAAGAAAUCAGCGUGGAGACAUAAUUGGCGAAAAGGAAGGAGAAGGCACACGCUGCUGGUAUACUAGACAGAAUGUGGAAUCUGUAGCACAACAGAAUGCACACUGCCUUCUAGAGCUUGGGCUAUCCUGUCUCUCUGCUUUGAUUCGUGUGGGCAUCUAUCCUAUCAUACUACACAUUCCAUUGACUGAGAAGAGUUCCAAAAAACUUAAAAAAACUCGGCAAUGGUGGGGAAAGUGUGAAGACCUGUUACUGGAGUGCGCCCAGAGGGAGGAGGCAGAGCUCGAUGCCCUGCCCUGUCUUUAUAGAACUGUGGAUCCCGACAGCUGGAAUGACCCCGAAUCUCUGCUCUGCAGCGUAAAGAGCGCCAUCACAGAUGAACAAAAACACAUAGUCUGGCUGGAGAAUCAGUCUUGCUAA